UUAUCUCAUUCUGUGAGUUCUGCUUCUUUCACUUGAGUGAGUGAAUGGCUUUGUGGUGUUUAGCUGCCUGCUGGAUUAAACCACAACACUUUAAAACAAGACUUCUUUCAAGAAUUGAUUCAGGUCUCUCAAACUCCAGAAGGUUUCCUAUUUCUUUAAAGCAGUACACUUCCAAUUAAUUUUGUCCUGACUCAAAAAUAUUUUCCAGUGCAAAGUACUAAAUAUUUGGGUUAACAGUGGUGGUUCUUCAGCAAUUGUCUGAGAUAUUGGUUUUGCUGCUUUUAUAUGCUGUGCUUACAAAGGUCCUAAGGGUUUGGUUUUUUUUUUCUUCUUUUUUUUCCCUAAGUGUAAGGGAAGAUGGUGCUGCUAUAUUCAAGUGCUUAUGGACAGUAAUCAAGAAAAUGGAGCCACUCUGUUAUCAGAGGUGCACACUUUUGGGAUGAGAGGAAUUGCACACAAAUUACAGUGCAGGACCAUUCAGUGCCAUUAAAUAAUUGGAGCUUUUUUUUGGCAAUGACAAUUGGUCAGAACCUGGAACAGGUUGCCUAGAGAGACUGUGGAGUAUUCAUUCCUGGAUCUGUUUGAGUGCAGCAAGACUGUGCCCAAGGACACCAAAGAUGCUAACCAGAAAGAUUAAGCUCUGGGACAUUAAUGCCCAUAUAACCUGUCGUCUGUGCAAUGGAUACCUGAUUGAUGCUACCACUGUAACAGAAUGCUUACAUACAUUCUGUAGAAGCUGCCUGGUGAAAUAUUUGGAAGAAAACAACACCUGUCCAACAUGUAGAAUUGUUAUACAUCAGAGCCACCCUUUGCAGUAUAUUGGUCAUGACAGAACAAUGCAAGAUAUUGUUUACAAACUUGUGCCAGGCCUCCAAGAAGCGGAAAUGAAAAAGCAAAGGGAAUUUUAUCACAAACUGGGCAUGGAAGUUCCAGGAGACAUCAAAGGGGAGACAUGUUCUGCAAAGCAGCAUCUGGAUUCUCAUCGAAAUGGUGAAACUAAAACAGAUGAAAAUUCAAACAAAGAAACUUCAGAGGAAAAACAGGAAGAAGAUAAUGACUACCACCGAAGUGAUGAACAGGUAAGCAUCUGCUUGGAAUGCAAUAGCAGCAAACUGCGUGGAUUAAAACGAAAAUGGAUUCGCUGUUCAGCACAAGCAACAGUCCUGCAUCUAAAGAAGUUCAUUGCCAAAAAACUAAACCUUUCUUCUUUUAAUGAGCUGGACAUAUUAUGCAAUGAAGAGAUUCUUGGCAAGGACCACACGCUCAAGUUUGUAGUUGUUACAAGAUGGAGAUUUAAGAAAGCACCUCUACUGCUACAUUACAGACCCAAAAUGGACUUGCUGUAAGAGAACUUUAUUGUCCUUCUGGACAGAGCUUUUUGCAGAGACUAUCAUCUGGCACCUUCUUAGUGCAUCACUAAUCACAUGAUAUGAAUCAGACGAAUAAUUUUGGAAGACUGUAGUGCUUUCAUAGCUGACUGUCCUUCUGAAUAUUUCUCCUGGGGAUGUGUUAUCUGGAUUUCUGGACAGAAAAUAUUUAUACUUAUUUUAUAUGAAAGAAAUCAAAACUCAACAAGACACUACCAGCACUAGGUUUACAGAUAUUGAAAACACUUCACAGUUCCAUGUAGCUCAGCCUGACUCAUCUCUUACUAUUACACAGAAAUAAGUUAGAAUGUUGUGGGGUGAUCUUAAAAAUGUUGCUUUUGACACCAAGUUGCAUUUAGUUACUUUUCACAUUCUGAAUAUUUAAAAAUAUAUUUUUGCAAAGUGUUCUUGUCUUAUAUAGUAUGCCUGAUUGCAUUGGCUUUAAUCAAGUUCUGUAGGUCAUUGAACAUAACUAAUGAUAUAGUGACUGGUGAUAUUUAUUAUGCUGCAUUGAAAACUUUUGAAAAUCUGGGAAAACAAUGGGUUUAUUUGUUGGUUUUAUCCAGUUGUUGCUCUCUCUCAGUUUCUGUUUUAGUAAUGUUUUAAUGUCCUUUUUGCAUGGUGAUUUGGUAAGAUUAAUUGUAAUCUCUGCAGCUGAUUUUAAUGUGCCCUGAUAUUUUGCUGUGGCAUAUAUUGCACCACAUAAUGAUAAAUACUCAAAAGUGCUAGAUUUAUGAACUUUAAAUAUAUAUAUAUAUAUAUAUAUAUAUAUAUAAACAU